ACCAGUGAAAACAAACUCAGCAUGGAGAGAGAAACGUAUGCGUUCUGUAGCUGGAAAUACAAUCGUUAUUUUGAGUUUAUUUCUGUCAAAGGCAAGAACAUUGUUGUGCAUUGUCGGUCAUGUGGAGGUAAGCAAAACCCUCUCUCCCGCGAAAAACAACCUGAAAGGGCAGUACAGCACGGUUAAACUUCUGGAGAAAGUAACGUCACCGGGCACGGAGAGCAAUGAAUCAACUUCUACUGUCGAGUGCCAGGCUGCUAUUAGCAACAUGUUAUGUUUUGUCAGACUAGUUUUUACUGCUCUAACGCUGUUAUAUUUGGUAAAUGACGAAGAAAUCAUCAAAGAAAUAUGCAGAAGCACUAGUUAAGAUAUACACGUUAUAAGAAACUAAGGCGAGACUUUUUACAUUAUGGAGUAUGCAGGUUUACAAAUACUAGUUAACAUGAAAAAAUGUUUUAAGUAAAAAUGUCACAGAGUUGAAUUAUUAUUAUUAUUUAUGACAGGCUUUAGUAUGGAAUAAGCAGAAUGUAUUAAAAUAAUUAAAGACGAGAUAGAGUAGAGUAUGCACUUCCCAAUAAAGUUUAGUCUUGAGAAGGCUAAAGAGGUUAUUUUGUGUUUUUGAGGGGUGGCGGGUAGUAAUGUAACGAGUGAUGUAACGAGUAGUGUAACUAAUUACUUUUGAAAUAAAGAAAUCAGACCAGGAACUUGAUUACUUUUAAAAGGAGUAAUCAGUAAUUUAAUUACAUUUCCAGAGUAACUUGCCCUACACUGGUCGUUACAUAAGAAAAAAAAUGGACAACACAACUAACGUUAGCAUAUCUAACGUUAAUUGUGGUGAGGAUUAGUCUGCAUAUUAUGUUGUGAGAUUUCCACCAAAACAAACUAAAGAUAUGGUAAAGAUAAAACAAACGUUUGUUUAAACAAGCCGGAAAUAAGCAACAGCCUUCCUUUUAACAAUUUAACGCUUCAGCGCUAGAUUGUCAGGGCAUGAAAAAGACUACAACUCCCACGACACUUUGCGGCACGGGUGACGUGGCCAGCGUUUCUCAACAGACCGGGGCGAUUUGAACUUCAUUUAGAUUCCGUAAUUUUACACGAUGUCCGGGAAAAUCAAAAGCAGGAAUGCUGCAAAUGCCGACUCAAUAGCGGGCAGUGUGUCGUGCGACGAGCGCAUCUUACGGGACUGCCAUCAAAUGUACAUUGAUACUGACAGCGGACUCAUAGCAAUCGCUCAGUCGGUUGGAGUGACCCUGCUGCCUCCCCGCAAAAAAAUAAAUGUGAUGUUGAUGGGCAAUCACUCAGCUGGCAAGAGCAGCUUUAUCAACUGGUAUGUAGAGGAGCAUAUCCAAAGGACAGGGGUUGCUAUAGAGACACAGGGCUUCAGCUUUGUUACAAGUGGGCGAAAGAGAGAAUCGCUCACGGGAAAUGCAACGCUCCAUCUUUACCCUCACUUCAAACCACUACAGGAAUUUAAAGGAGUGUCAGAGUAUCUUAGCACUGAGAUUUGUACUUCGCGACAGAAACGUUUCAGCUUGGUGACUUUUGUUGAUACUCCUGGACUGGUGGAUGGAGAUAUGAAGUACCCAUUUGAUGUGGACCAAGCUAUCCUGUGGCUCGGUGAACUGUGUGACCUGAUCCUGGUCUUCUUUGACCCGAUGGGACAGGCUUUAUGCAAGCGCACACUCAACAUUGUAGAGAAUCUGAAUGAGCAGCAAGGCGACCGUCUUCGUUUUUAUCUUAGUAAAGCUGAUGAGGCUGGUGGAGAGUCUGAUCGACAAAGAGUAAUGAUGCAGAUUGUACAGGAGCUUUGCAAGCGUCCGGGACUCAACAAGUGUGGUUUUGACAUGCCGACCAUCUAUGUGCCCAACCCAAAUAAGCCCAGCCGGUGUGUCAAUCAGAUUGAGGAGGCAUGUCGCACUAUAGAGAAGACCAUUAACCAGACAGUGCAAAACACACUUAACUCACUGGAAAAGGACUGUAAACUUAUUACUGAGGCCAUCACAGACACGCUUUAUAAUGACAGGCAAUGCAGUAUAGAAAACCGCCGGGCACGUUUUAAGGGCUGUGUGUGGGGGAUGCUUGGUUUCACCGUGCCCCUGCUACUGCUUAUUUUCCUGGUGCUUGGCACCCUCUCCAGAGAAAUCUUGGAGCUCAUGCUGGGUGAUAAAGGCACAGAGGCUCUCUCUUUAUAUGUGGCUCCUGCAGUGAAAGUGUUUGAGUCGCUGUCAGCGCAAGUUCAGUUGUACAGCUGUGUUGCACUGGUGCUGUUGUCCUUUAUCUUCCUUCUCCUUGCCCGCUUCUCUUUCAGGACUAAACCUACACUCUCUGGCAAACAAAAAAGACAGCUUCAAGAAAAACUGGAAUAUGUCCAGGAAGUAGUCAAGACCAAAAAGAAAAAUCUCUAUGAGGAGUACCUGCGCCAGAGUGUGGGUGAUCAGGACAUGAACUGAGACAGCAGAAGACUUCAGACAUGUGGAUAGAAGGAACAAUACAAGAUCCAAAAGUACACCACUAAACUGCCUUUAACCUUUCCUAUACUGUAGAGGACACACCUAAGAUAUCAUAUUUGCACUUAGUUACAAGCAACAGCGUGUACCUCCUAGCUCUUAGAAUUCUUCUCACAUUUCGCACUAAACUAUGGAACUGUGGACCAAUACUGUUUUAUUCUUAGUCUUGUCAUUGCAAUAUAAUAAUGGUGGUGUACUGGUAAAUUGAAGGAGCAGAUUAUGACAUCAGACCUAAUGCUCUGCAUCGUCCUCUUGUUGGGCACUAGCAGUUUUUAAAGUUAUCCAAACAUUUUUCUACUUGGUACCUGAAAUGUUCCAUGUUGUGUGGUAAAUUACCACAAUGAUUGAGGAGUGAGGAUCUUUUUGUAUUUGACAUGACUAAUGACUCAACGCUAUGUAUUUAAAGGAGUUGUUCACCUUCUAAAUGAAAAUUCUCAUCAUUUACCGCUUGUCAUUUCAAACCUUCUGCAAAACACAAAACAUAUUUAAAAAAAAUUAAAAACAUUCUUCAAAAUGUCUUGUGUUCUGCGGAAGAAAGAAAGUCAUACAGGUUUGAAAUGACAAGAGGGUGAGUAAAUGAUGACAGAAUUUUGCUUUAGAAGGUGAACUACUCCUUUAGAACAUUAGACAUUAGAAAUAUUGUUACUGCUUUGUGUACCAUGGUUUCCUACGUAUUUUUUUUUUGUCAACUGUUAUAAUAAAAUAUAAAUGUA